GUCGGUGCCAGGACUGUGUGGUAAAGAGAGUGAGGGCAGAGGGGAGCGCUGAGUCAAGAUGGCUGUGGUCUCAGAGAGGCUGCGGUUCUUGUUUCUAGCAUGGAUUUCCAUGUGCAUCGCGAUCACGCAGUGUGUGGACAGAAGCAACUUCAAAACUUGCAGUCAGAGUGCGUUCUGCAAACGCCAGAGGAACGUGAAGCCGGGAAACUCUCCCUACAGAGCUGUGCUGGACACACUGGAGCUGACUGAGAACAGCAUGAAACUGCAGCUCCUCAACACUGUGAAUAAGGUUCCGUUGCUCCUCGAGGUGUCUGGGCUGGAGGGGAACAUGAUCCGGGUCCGAAUCAACGAGCUCAAACCGCUGAGGCCCCGCUACGAGGUUCCAGACGUCCUUGUCAAAGAGCCGCCCACCGUCCCCCUGGCGCUGGUGUCCCGGGACGAGGGCAGUGUGGAGGUAUCUCUCAGCAGCCCGGAUCAGAGGCUGGUACUGACAGCCGAGCCCUUCCGCCUGGACGUGCUGGCGGGGAGGGAGCUGCUCCUGAGUGUCAACUCCCGCGGGCUGCUGGUCUUCGAGCAUCUGAGACAGCGCAAGGACACUUUCAUGGCUAAAGUUAGUAGCGCAGUGGGUAGCGCGUGGGACACGAUCAGGAACGUGUUCUCUAGCAGCUCGAGGAAUCAAGAAGAGGGAGAGGAGAAGGCAGAUGAUAUCGAACCUGCAGCCGAGCAAACAGAGGACAAGGCAGAGGCUGAGAGAGUGCAGGCGGAGGAGAAUGAAGAAGGGAUGUGGGAGGAAACAUUUAAGACUCACACGGACAGCAAGCCUAACGGUCCCACCUCGAUCAGUCUCGAUUUCUCUCUGCCCGGAGUUGAGAACGUGUAUGGGAUUCCCGAACACGCAGACUCCCUCAAACUCAAGACCACAGACAGUGGGGAUCCGUAUCGGCUCUUCAAUCUGGAUGUGUUUCAGUAUGAGCUCCACAACCCCAUGGCUCUGUAUGGGGCCGUGCCUGUCCUGCUGGCCCACACCGCUCUCCGCACCCUGGGCAUCUUCUGGCUGAACGCAGCCGAGACCUGGGUGGAUAUCAGCUCCAAUACAGCUGGCAAGACUGUGCUGGGUAAGGUGCUGGAUUAUGUGCAGGGCUCCAGCGAGGAGCCCCAGACAGACGUGCGCUGGAUCUCCGAGAGCGGCAUCAUCGACGCCUUCAUUCUGCUGGGACCCAAACCCACCGACGUCUUCCGCCAGUACGCCUCCCUCACAGGCACACAGGCGCUCCCACCCCUCUUCUCCCUGGCCUAUCACCAGUGUCGCUGGAACUACAAUGACGAGGAGGACGUGCGAUCGGUGGACUCUGGGUUCGACCAGCACGAUAUCCCUUGUGACGUGAUCUGGCUGGACAUAGAACACACGGACGGCAAACGCUACUUCACCUGGGACCCCAACAGGUUCCCCUCGCCCCGGGACAUGCAGCAAGGGCUGCAGGCCAAGAGACGCAAGAUGGUCGCUAUCGUGGACCCCCACAUCAAGGUGGACAGCGACUACAAAAUCCACAAGGAGGUCCGGUCCCGCGGCUUCUACACCAAGACCAAAGACGGCAGCGACUACGAGGGCUGGUGCUGGCCAGGGACCGCAGGGUACCCCGACUUCACGGACCCCGAGAUGCGCUCCUGGUGGUCCAGCAUGUUCUCCUACGAUCAGUACGAGGGCUCCACGGAGAACCUCUACAUCUGGAAUGACAUGAACGAACCGUCCGUGUUCAACGGGCCCGAGGUCACCAUGCACAAAGAUGCCGUGCACAAGGGGGGCUGGGAGAACCGGGACGUGCACAAUCUCUACGGCUUCUACGUGCAAAUGGCCACCGCAGAAGGGCAGGUUCGCCGGUCUGGAGGCACAGAGCGACCCUUCGUGCUGAGCAGAGCGUUUUUCGCGGGAUCGCAGCGAUACGGCGCGGUGUGGACAGGGGACAACGCUGCGGAGUGGGAUCAUCUCCGGAUCUCCCUCCCGAUGUGUCUGAGCCUGGGCCUGGCUGGGAUCUCCUUCGCUGGGGCGGACGUGGGCGGGUUCUUCAAGACCCCCGACCCACAGCUCCUGGUCCGCUGGUACCAGACCGGCUCCUACCAGCCUUUAUUCCGCAGCCACGCCCACCUGGACACGCCCCGGCGCGAGCCCUGGCUGUUCGGGGACGAGAACACCUGGCUGAUCCGCGAGGCGGUGCGCCAGAGAUAUGCUCUGCUUCCCUUCUGGUACACCCUGUUCUACCAGACCUACCGCACCGGGGAGCCCGUCAUGAGACCCCUCUGGGUGGAGUACCCUGCUGACGUCUCCACGUUCGCCAUCGAUGACGAGUACAUGCUGGGGGGAGCGUUGCUGGUGCACCCGGUCACUGAGGAGGGAGCAAAGGGUGUCACAGCCUACCUGCCUGGGAAAGGAGAGGUCUGGUAUGAUGUCCACACUUAUCAGAAGCACAUCGCCCCCCAGCACCUCUACAUCCCGGUGACCAUGAGCUCAAUCCCCGUGUUCCAGCGAGGCGGCACAGUUAUCCCGCGCAAGGAUCGUGUGCGCCGCUCCUCGGAGUGCAUGACUGACGACCCCUACACACUCUACGUGGCUCUGAGUCCACAGAACUCUGCCAGCGGGGAGCUCUUUGUGGACGACGGGCACACGUUCAGCUUCGAGACCAAGAACCAAUACAUCCACCGCAGGUUCACCUUCGCGAACAACUCCCUGACUUCCAGGUAUUAUUAUUACUAGGAGAUUAAUAAUCAG